AUGAUGUAACACAACAUGCUCUAUCUUAGAUAGCAGUCAUUGAAUGAUCAGCAAGUGCACAUCAAGAAGAAAAACCUGAGGAUGCUUAUCGUGUUUUUAUCAGCUUCAGCCAAUUUUGGAAAUGCAUUCUGUGGAAAUAGUGCUGCUCCACUCUAGAGAGAGAUUCAAAACGACAUGAAUAUCAUUGAAACAGAUUUCAAUUUAUUGUUUUCAAUCAGAGGACUCUCCAAUUUGUUCAUGCCAUUUUUAAUUGGGACUAUAGUCGAAAAAUUCGGAUUUAAAUACUGCCUGAUGUUGCUUUGUACUUUUUGUACCAUCGGCUAGAUGUUCUUCGCUAUUGGAUUAAGUCUUCACAACUAUCAUAUGCUUUUGAUGGGUAGAUUUAUUUUUGGCCUAAGUGACUCAGUAAGUAUUUUUCAGCAGACGAUCUUAUGCUAUUGGUUUGAGCCUACUUAACUCCCAUUCGUAUUUGGAAUCCUUCUUUUUAUGGUUAAGAUUGUGAGAGCUAUAAAUGACAAUGUUGCCUCAGUCUAUUUCAAUGCUACAGGUUCACUUGCUAGUUAUUUCUGGAUUGGUUUUGUAGUAUGUCUUGGAUCGCUAAUAAGUGCUUUCUACUUAACUACAAUACAUGAAUCUGUUUGCGAAUCAACUUAAUCCAAUGCCACUAGAGAGAAAGAAUAGGAACUCAAGUAAAAUCAGCAAAAAGACUUAGAGAGUCAGAACAAAGACUCUGAAGAAUCAUCAAAUGCUACUCCUAAGAAAGAAAAAGUUCUAAAAGAAGACUAUGUCUAUCUUCUGAUUAUGUACAUGUUCGGUUUCUCAGUUAUCAUUUCAUUCUACCCAAAUCUUAGCUGUCUCUUACAGGAAAGAUUCGCAUAUUCUAACGAAGAUGCAGGGCAUGUUGCUUCAUUACCCUAUCUAAUCGCUAGUUUUGCCACACCUUUAUUUGGAUCUCUAAUUUAAAAAAUGGGAGAGUCUCAAUAUGAAUUUCUUUUGACACUUUCAACUGGCUUAAUAUUUCUAACUCAAAUGCAUUUCACAUUAAUGAGUGAUGCAAUUCCAACCAUAGGGAAUGUAAAAACUGAACCAAAUAAUAUGGCUAUCAUUCCAAUUAGUUUAUUCGGAAUUGGUCAUGCUCUAUUUGUUACUCUUUAAGGCCCCUUGAUUAAUAAAACAAUUACAGAUAAAUCAAAUAUGCCCAAAGCACUCUCUAUAAUGAAAGUAGCUGAAAAUAUUGGAGGAAUGUUCUUGACUUUUAUUGCUGCAUAUGUCAAGGUUCAGACUAAUAGCUUCAUAGGUGUACAUAUGCUUUACGCCUUAUUCACCUUAAUACCAACAGUUCUAGGAUACCAUUUUAUCAUAAAAUUGAACAGAAAAAUGGAGAAUGAAAAACAAAAGAAGACCAAAGAUGCUAUUUCUGAUGGGAAUAAUGAUGAUAUUGAGUUGGAAAAGUAAAGCCUUAAGGCAAAGCAGUCUUUGGAGAACUCUCCCUCAGUAAACGACAAUAGUGAUGAAGAGAUAAAAACUGAAAUUAGUAUAUCUGAUAGUACAGAAAUGGAUUGCAUCUCUGAAGAUGAUACCAGUAAGAAAUCAGAAAAGAAUAGAGACUGA